AUGGUCAGCACGAAGCGCAGACGCGAUGACGAUGAUACAGACGAAGGAACCCCACGAAAGCUUCGCGCUCGAAUUACCGAGGAACCUCCCGACGAGUACGAGCCCUUCGAGGCGCAAACGCCAUCAAGAAAGGGCAGGGCCCAACAGCUGGCGGAGAACGGGACACCAAGGUCCAUUUUGAAGAAGACUGGCUUGGCCAACGGUAUCCAUAUCAACGGCACACCAAAAUCCGCUCGAAAACUAGUCUUUGAGACGCCCACCAAACCGACCAAAGAUGAGACGCCCGACGGCACCCCAACCAUCGUUCGCAAUGCGGAUCGAAGCGCGCGAAGGAAGAGCAACAGACGAAUACUAGAGCGCGCGUUGAAUGGUGCAGAGAGCGAAGAUGAAGCAUUAGAAGAGGGCGACAUACUAGCGGAGCAGAUCCUGGCCGAAGAGGAAGAGGAAGAGGAAGAUGAGGUGGUAGAGCAGGCACAACAAGCCGCUGCGCAAGAGCCUAUACCAGUGCCAGAAACACCCACAAAGCGCGGACGAGGUCGACCGAAAGGCUCCGGAAAAGUCAAAAAGCCACGUUCCCCUACUCCUCCGACCGAGCUCCCACCGCACGAGGAGUACUUCUGGCAGAAUCGCCCAGGCGGAACGAAAACGUCAAACAAUACGCUAUCUGCACAAAGCCUGCUCAAUCACGACGAGUACUUCCAGGCCAUGCAAUCAUAUCGAGAUCGCCAUGAGCCUGAAAUGCAGUUUUUAUUGGAGCUACAUAGUCGUGCAUAUGAUCAGUGGAUAUUCGAGCUCGACGAAGGCUUCAACAUCUGCCUCUACGGCUACGGCUCGAAGCGCACUAUAACCGAAGACCUCACGGCGCGUCUCUACCAUCAUUUGCUAGAGCAGGUCCCAUACACAGCGACGAAGAAGACACCCAGAAUAGUGGUCAUCAACGGCUAUAGUGCUGGUACCACCAUAAAGGACAUACUCACGACUAUAGCGUCGGCUGCUGUACCAACCAAUGUCAAGAUGCCCAACCAGCCAACCGCACUACUCGACUUUCUUCUCGAAUACCUAUCGAACAACCCGUCCUCGCAUCCAGUUCCCGUCGUCAUAAACUCUAUCGACUCACCGUACCUUCGCAAAUCUCCGAAUCCCACAAUGCUUGCGCGAUUGGCAUCGCAUCCGUGCAUCAAUCUUAUCUGUACUGCGGAUACACCCAACUUUCCCCUGUUAUGGGAUGUCGGCCUAAAGACACAGUACAAGUUCUUGUUCCAUGACACGACCACAUUCGCACCCUACGACGCUGAAAUAGACGCUGUGGAGACUGUGAACGACCUACUUGGCCGCAGCGGCCGACGCAUGGGCGGCAGAGAUGGAGUAGGCUUCGUUUUGCGCUCCUUGCCAGAAAAUGCACGAGAACUCUUCCGCAUCCUCGUCAUGGAGCAGCUAACUCUCUCCUUUGUGGAUGGCGGUGGACUUGGCGAAGACGAGGAUAUCCCAGCGACACCGCGGUCCAAGAAAGUCCCGCAAACGAAGCACGUUGUCUCGGAAUCUAGCCAGGGCGUUGAGUACCGCGUUCUGUAUCACAAAGCUGUCGAGGCGUUCGUCUGCUCGAGUGAAGUCGGUUUCAGAACGCUGCUCAAAGAAUUUCACGAUCAUCAGAUGAUUGAGAGUCGGAAGGAUGCGAUGGGUACUGAAAGGCUGUGGGUGCCUUUCAGGCAGGAAGAGUUGGAAGGGCUGGCAGAGGAUCUGGCCGGAGAUGCAUUUUGA